GUGUCUCGGCUCCUGGCGUCGAUGACCUCCAGUACAUCCAUGUUGCUCAGGGCCAGAAGGGCUUCCGCCUCUAAGCGUGCUCUGCAGCGUCCGUGUCCAACCCAAACCUCGGAAGUCUCCCUUUCUGGACGGACACGAUCGGAUGCACACGCGCUUUGGGCACUAUGCCGUUGCACUUCCCCCUGCUUGCUCUCAUAUUCUUAGACCACAGACAUUUACCUCCUGAUAUAUCUGCACACACUUCCGCGGCCUCGUGGCUUGCUCCACCCGCCAUACCUCGCCAUUUCCUUUUUAUUUUUCUGCUGAUCAAAAAGACAAUCGCUUUCCUUCUGUUCGGAGCCGAGCCAAAGAUCAUCUGGUCGGGCGAACUGGCUUCGCUCCGGCCCCCCGUGGUUUGCUUUGACUCCUCCGCUCCGUUCAAAUGCCACAACACUUUCGCAUUUCGUAUUUGCCUUCUGAACCCCCUGCCUGCCUGCCUUGUCGCCACGCUAUGCCCAGUAUAUGUUCUACCGGUAUCAUCCCAACGCUUCCCCCCCCCUUCUCGCCCUUGGAAUUUGCGCAAUUGUUUGAAUCGAGGAUGUGUCAUCUGUCCCUCGCGCAGUAAUCGUCGGGCUCGUGGUGGUGGUAGUUUGGUGGAUCACCAUAGACCAAGAGCAGAGACUUACAUAUAUAUUCUGUUCAAAAAAAAAAAAAAAAAAGAAAGGCAACCAGGCGAUGAUGCUGGCAUUAUGUGGUUUUCGGUAACGUUUCUUCCAGCCCAGAAUCCGUGAUUCCAAACACAUAUCGACUUGUGAGCUUACACCGCCGUGAAUGUUUUCGGCCCAAACCAAAGUCCACAAAAAGCAUGUAUUCCACCAGUUGAUGUCUCGCUUGAGCCACUGAUCCAACAUACAGCCCAGCUCAUCCACAAAGACGAGGCCGUUGCAAUCACACCGCGCCGCAACCCCAUAUUCGUUCGGCUUUUGCUCUGGGUCUGGCUCAGGACAGCGGGGCA